AUGAAAUGGCUUUUGGGGAAAAAAGGAGUUAGUAUCCAUAUAGGUGGGGUUAAGUUGAACGUGGAGUGGUCGGUAAAGUUCCUUGGGGUCCACAUAGACUACUCCCUCUCGUGGAAGAAACACGUCGCGGAAACAAGAAAGAAGGUUCUCCCUCGUAUCAACAUCUUCAAGGCGUUGGCGGGAAUCAGGUGGGGGUCCCACCCUGCCGUCCUGCUUACCGCGUACAAGGGCCUGGUGCGCUCCGUCCUGGAGUGGGGUUGCCAAGUCAUGUUUCCACUUGAAACACGGGAAGGCGUCGUUCUAGACCGUUUACAGUAUGCUUGUGCUAGGAUCGUUUCUGGUCUCAUGCGCACAACUCCAACCAGUGUGUUGUUAAACAUUGUUGGAGAACAACCAUUGCGGUGUAGACACAGGUACCUUGUCAGUAAAUAUGUGUGCAAGGUCUGUGCUAGGUCUAGCCACCCUCUUCGACGACUUCUUGACGACUCUUGCGGGACAUGGGAACCUGUGUGCCCAGCUAACGUGUUCGGCCUCUUUUUCUUGUACCGGGAACUCCAACAUCAUCUUAAAGAAGUUAAAAGAUUUUCACUUCCGGGAAGUCUUGCCCUACCGUUUCAUGUCAGGUUCUUUAAGUGCGAAGUAGACACUGACACGGGGCUACUUAUACGCCAGGCGGAAGACCCACAACGCUACCUUAGCAACUUCCUCAGAAAUCGUGACAUCUCUAGGGUGUUCUUCACCGACGGCUCCCGAACUCCGGGCUCGGACGAGGCGCCGCCCGCGGUAGGUUUUGCCGUAGUUUCUGAGAAUCCGGAACUUGUUCACUACGAACGCGUAAGUAAUAACUCUACCAUCUUCGACGCAGAGGCGCGGGGUGUUAUCUGCGCCCUAGAGUACUUACAAGAUUUUAAGUUCGCAAAGGUCGUCGUAGCCUCUGACUCGAUGAGUGUGGUCUCCUGUUCGGGGUCAACCGAUCCCAAAGGAGCGCACUCCCCUCUGGUGUAUCGCAUAAAAGAGUUAGUGAUGGAGUUGAGGGGUGCCGGCGUGUCUGUGGUGUUGGUGUGGGUCCCGGGACACAGCAACGUUAGAGGCAACGAAAUGGCCGAUAGGUACGCUAAACUCGCUUUAACCCUCACUGAACCACGUUCAGAAGGUGAGCUGGGUGUCUCCUCGCUGUUCCCCACACUUCGGCAAGAAGCGUUGGACAUGGCUAAGAGACAACUACUGGAAGAGUCAACCAGCAAGGGAACUGCGUAUUUCCUGAAAAAACCCGUACCUUUGGGUAAGCCUUGGUUUGUCAAAGUAAAGAAAAAAAAGGUCCUACCCCGUCCGUUGGUCACACUCGUGUCUAGAAUACGUUCAUACAGCUGUCAAUCUACACCUGAAACAGAAGGGCAUUGUGGCCUCCUCGGAGUGCCCGUGUGGUCAUCCAGUACAAGAUGUAAACCACGUUUUUUUCCAAUGUCCUAA